AUAAAAUGUUAAAUUUAUGAUAUUUAUACUGUUUCAUACAAAGGUGGCGAGGACGGUAAAGACUUACCAGUGGGAAUAUCAUAAAACUGCAUCAUGAAGUUGGAACUUGUAACCCUUGUUAUCGUUAUUUCUCUGAUGUACAAUGUAGACGCUAGACCUGCACAAAGAACGACAAGGGGACUGUUUGGAAGUCUGUUUGAUGCUCUAAAGAGUCAAAUGGGGGAUGUAGUAGAGAAGACUAAAGCUAUGAAUAGUCAAAACGAAGAUGACAUUGAAAACGCUAGAGAAGAAAUGAGUAACAGAUUUAAAAAUGCUUGGGAAAAAACUGGAGACGCUUUUGAUAGCCUUGGAGAUAAAAUGGGUAACCUUGGAGAAAACAUGGGAAGUGGUAUGGAAAAUGCUUGGGAUAAAACUAAAGACGGCUUCGGUAACUUCGGAAAUAACAUGGGUGAUUUUGGAAAUAUGAUGGGAGGUGGUAUGAAAAAUGCUUGGGAUAAAACUGGAGACGCAUUUGGUAGCCUUGGAGGUAAAAUGGGUAAUCUUGGAGAAAAAAUGGGAAGUAGUAUGGAAAAUGCUUGGGAUAAAACUAAAGAUGGCUUCGGUAACUUCGGAAAUAACAUGGGUGAUUUUGGAAAUACGAUGGGAGGUGGUAUGAAAAAUGCUUGGGAUAAAACUGGAGACGCAUUUGGAAGCCUUGGAGGUAAAAUGGGAAGUGGUAUUGAAAAUGCUUGGGACAAAACUGGAGACGCAUUUGGUAGUUUGGGAAACAACAUAGGAGAUGCAUUUAACAAUAUUGAUUGGCCAUAAUAUCACCACACAUACAAGUAUUUGCAUAUAUGUAAUAAAAAAGCUUUAAAAACACUUUUUUUCUGAAUUUUUGAUUUUUGAAUAAACAUAGUAUUACAGUU